AUGCUGCAGGAAGUGCAGCCGGCGCACGCCGGCGGCGAGUUGAAUUACUUUUCUUCUUCUUCUUCUUCUUAUUCUCCUUCUUCUUCUUCUUCUUCUUCUUUUUCUUCUUCUUCGGAAUUAAAGCUGGAUGAACCGGUGCGGGAAACAAUAAAGCGAGAUCUGCUGAGCGUGUGGAGCAAAAUGACUUACGUGCUGCGGCCGCAGUCGGUGGAGGAGGCGGGGGCGGGGCUGCGGGACUGGGAGCUGUGGGGCCCCUUGCUGCUGUGCAUAUGCUUGUCAGUGCUGCUGCACUUCUCCGCGAGCGGGGGCCCCGCAGCAGCAGCAGCAGCAGCAGCAGCAGCAGCAGCGGAGGAGCGGCAGUUCGCCUUCGGCGGGGUGUACGUACUCCUCGUCUGCGGCGCCUCCGUGGUCACUCUCAACGCGCAGCUCCUCGGAAGUCCCAUUUCUUUUUUCCAGAGCAUUUGUGUCUUGGGUUAUUGUUUGUUUCCGCUGGCAGCAGCAGCAGCAGCAAACUUGCUGCUGCUGCUGCGCGCCCCCCGCGGCUGCCGCCUCUCCACUGUCCUCCCCGCCCUCUUCUGGGCCUUCCGAGUUGCUGCAGCUUUCCUCCAGCCCCUCACAAACCCCAAAAGAAAACUUCUGGCGCUCUAUCCCCUUUUCCUUUUCUACGUCGCCGUCGCCGCCAUCAUCUGCGCCGUCUAA